AUGAGCGACCCCCUGAGGCCCUGGGAACGCCGUAAUGGCGCCCGCGUCAGUCUUACCAGCGACUCCCUCCAACGUGCGGUCGGCACGGGCCUAACCUCUUACACCUCGAGUUCAACCUCAUAUCCCUCCCUCUACAGCACCAGCUCCACCCUGGGGAGCAGCAACAGCACCACGACCUCCACCCUCGGCUCGCCCUUCACCACGACCGGCAGCUACGGCGGCACCACCCGCUUCGGCUCCUCCUCCCUAUACCCCCACAGCACCUCCUCCACCUCCCCCUCCACCUUCUCCUACCACCCCCCCCGCGCCCCUCCUCCUCCAGCUGGUACCCAACCGCCUCCACAACAACAACCUCCACCGACCGCACCACCACCACCGGCUCAAGCACAACCUACCGCCCCAGCUACCUCACCUCUACCUCCACCACCACCACAGGAGCCUCAGACACAACCUACCGACCUCGCUACCCCCCCUAUCAGCACCACCACCACCGGCACGGGCACAGACACAAGCUACCGCCCCACCUACCUCACCUCCCUCACCGCAAGCCCCACGAGCUACUACUCCCCGCGGCGCGGCCGGUCGCCGCCUCGGCCGCGGCCGUCGACGCCGGUUGCGCGGGUGACGGAUACGUCGAGCUUGUGGGGGGGCUCGACGCUGGGGGGUGGGACUGGAUCUGGCUCUGGGGCAGGGACAGGGACGAGGACGUUUUGGGAUUCGGUGCCGGAUCGGCGGAGGUCGAGGUCGAGGAGUCGGUCGGGUUCGAGGGGGUGGGAGGAUGCGGGGUUUUGA